AUUCAAACUCGUUUUUUUUUGUUUUGCGCGUCGCAACUGUUUCCAGGCAUCGUUUCAGUGGCAGCAUUUUCCAUUCGAGUAGUUUUAACUUGGCACUUGUUUUCCCUCGCGAGGGUGAAAACUGUCAAAAGAUGUUCGUAAGUUGCGAUUAAAUGGAGGUCUGAUCAAGUUUUAAGGCUCGCGUCGCGUUAAAUUUUCGAUUUGUCAAUGCGUGCUACGAUUGGUUCGGAAAAUGCUUGCUGGCAUUAUAUUGGCACUGGUUGGGGCUUGCGCGGGGCAGCAGCUGUUGGACUCGCGGUGCUACCUGGAGCAGGGUGGGUCGGCGGAGAACUUUUUGGCAAGUGAAAAUGUCGCUGUGGGGGCGGUGCUCGGUACGCUGGGCAUCAACGGAGACCCGUUACGGGAUAUUAGCUUGUCGUUGCGGGAGAAGGACUCUCCGGUGACGAUUUCGGAGAAGAAGCUGAUCUUGAGCAAGCCGUUGGACAAGGAGGGCAUCAGUGGGCCGUCGUCGGUUUACGUGAACGUGAUUUGCGAUCGGAGGAUGAGCGACGACCCGAGCUUUCUAAUUCCGGUUAAUAUCAGGGUGAUUGACGAGAAUGACAAUUCGCCGCAGUGGAUCGGGGGUCCGUACUCGGCCAAUGUGUCGGAGGUGACUAUUGUUGGGACGCGGAUAUUGCAGGGGGUGCGGGCUGUUGAUCUAGAUCAACCUGGUCCGUACUCGACGAUCGAGUACCAGGUGCUUCCGGGGCAGCAUUCCCACUUUGUGGCGUUCGUUUCACCGCUGGAGGGAGUGCUGGUAUUGAAGCAGGAGUUGGACUUUGAAACGUCGAGGAAGUUUACGGUCAAGUUGCGUGCGCAAGAUCAGGGAUCACCGCCGCGGUAUUCCGAUACAAGCUUCACGAUCAUCGUGCAGGAUGCUGACGAUCAGAAUCCAAAAUUUAGUCGGGAUGUUUACCAGAGUACGUACUGUGGAAUGCCAGGGGAGAUCGACCUGCACGUUCAACCGGAGCCGAUACGAGCGUUCGAUCAGGACUACGGAAUCAACGCGUCGUUGACCUACUCGAUCGUACCGUCGGCGGUGUCGACCUUCUUCACGAUAGAGCCUCGAAAGGGUACGCUACGAGCUAGGGAUUCCAACACCACCAACGGGAUCACGUUGGUCAUCAAAGCUACCCAGAAUGACAACGCUGAUCGGUACGCCCUCAGCACGGUGAUCGUGUCCUGUCCAACGGCAGUCCCUCGAACCAACAUUGAACCGACAACUCCACGCUUGGUCUACCGAGCCACCGUCAAGGAGAACUUCCCUCUCGGGCACUCAAUCCUAAACCUCGGCCUUAACAAGGAAGCCCUCAACUUCAAGUACACGAUCGUCAACGAAGCCGAACGCCAGUGGUUCUCCGUCGACAACAAGUUCAACAUCAUCCUGAUCAAAGCCCUGGACUACGAAUCCAACCGAAACCACAAAUUCACCGUGGAACUGUUCGACAACUCCAAGCUUCUCGCCACCGCCGAAAUCUUCAUCGAAGUCACCGACGUCAACGACUGGGAUCCACGCUUCCGCAAGCCCCAGUACGUCUUCACAGCAGACAACGCCGACCAAAUCCAGUCCCCCGUCCUGCUCGGCAUCGUCGAAGCCGCCGACGGCGAUCCCAACGACGUCCUCACCUACUCGAUCCACGGUGAGGAAGCAAACCUCUUUUCCGUCGACUCCCGCGGCGGAAUAUGGCUCAAGCGCAAUCUUACCCACAAAAACGCCCUCAACCUGUUCCUAACCGCGUCCGAUUCCGGCAGCCCCCCGAAACGAACCACCGUCCCGCUUCAAAUCCGCUUCCCCAACGCCAAAUCCACCACCUCAGCCGGCUGGACCCCCACCAUCAUCGGGCUUCUCGCCAUCGCCGUCGCGAUCCUCACCCUAACCGUCCUAGCCCUGUACAUCUACCGGCUCUUCGCCAAACCCAAAACCACGAUCAACACCCCACUGACCAACCCGCGGUCAACGCGGCACGACGCCACCAUGAUCGCGCCCAACUCGCGGGACGCCAGCUCGAUCGCGGACUCCGACAAGGGCUCGUCCUACUCGGCCAUCAUCCGGGACAUUGUGAUUGGAGCCCAGCAGCGGAGCAACAUCCCCGGGAACCUGAUCGGCCACAUGGAGGACAACAAUCCGAUGAUGGCGGACGGGCACGGCGUGAUUCAGCAGUCUUGUGCCCAUCCAGCGUCGCAACAGGUCAGGGAUAGGUCGAAUUCGUACUGGGGGAAUGCCGAGGUGGUCACCGUGAAGGACGAGAGCGACUCGGAGAACAACUUGACUGUUUACUUUUAGCGUGUAGAAUCCUCUGAGACGUAAAAUAGCUAGAAAGCAGACUGUAACGUUUUUGACCUUUAUACAAAGAUAACAUUUUUAUACAAAGUUUACAGAAUCAGCAUCAACUUUUGUUGAGUUGUGAUUUCCGCACGCAAUGUGUUCAAAACACAUUGUAAUACACCGAGACUUAGUUAUAAGAUAAACAGCGCAUUCCCUGCCCAGUAGUAGUGCAUUGAAAGCAAUCCCCCCCUGAAACGAUUUCGAGGAGAAAAAGCUCGUACCAAAUAAUGCUUGUUCCGUCCAAACCCUAUACUGUGAAAUUCUCCCCAAAGAAUUUAUUUUGUAAUACCCUUCUUUUUUGUUAUGUUGUUUACUUCCAACUUUUUGCGUACUUAUUUAUUGUAAAAUAACGAACAAAUCAUACCAGUGUAAGUUGUAGUUUAAAAUGAAUAAAAUCAAACUUUAUUGAC